AUGACUACCCAGCAGCCUCCUGAAACCGACCAGAUAGAUGAGUCACCUCAGUUGAUCAGUCCUGGGAUCCAAAGAGUGUUACAGAGAGAAGUGGUGGCCGGUUUCUUGGCCAAUCUGGUGAUAUACCCUCUACUGGUGAUCUAUUUCAUUGGUACAUUCUCGUUUGUCACUAGAAGAGUCGUCCCAUAUGUGUUUAUUGAUGAGCAAUUCCAUGUCGGCCAGACUAUGCAGUAUCUCUCCGGCCAUUGGUCAUCGUGGGAUCCCAAGAUUACAACGCCGCCGGGACUUUAUAUUCUUGGAUGGGUGAGCUACAAGCUCGUCUCGGUGGUCACCUCAUGGACGGCUCUAACCGCGUUUAGACUGGUUAAUCUACUGGGUGGCGCUGUGAUCUUACCGUUGUGCGUUCUGAGACCGUUGUUCCUCUUCAAUGCAAUUGGAUUUUGGCCCGUGGCCCUUAUGUGCUUCCCCCUGCUUUCCACUUACUACUACUUAUACUAUACAGAUGUAUGGUCAACAAUAUUCAUUCUGCAAUCACUGUCGCUCGUACUCACUCAGCCCUACGGUCCCAGGGCUAGUAUCUGGCUAAGCAGCGCCUGUGCUGCGCUCAGUUGCACAUUUAGACAAACCAACAUAGUAUGGACUGUCUUCAUUAUGGUAAUCGCCCUAGAGCGCAGGGCCGCAAUCCGGAAACAGUUCAACACUCACCGCUUCAAUAACUACUUGAAGCUCUUCAUCCAUUCGAUUGACGAGUUCCAGGACACAGUACUGCCAUAUGUGCUAAAUUUUGCAUCGUUUCUGGUUUACCUCAUCUGGAAUAAAUCCAUUACUCUCGGCGAUAAGUCGAACCAUUCGGUCGGCCUUCAUUUGGUUCAGGUCUUCUACUGCUUCGCCUUCAUGGCGCUUUUUAGCUUGCCUCUCUGGUUCUCACGCAACUUCUUGAGGUUAUACGUGAUUAGACUGCAAUGGAAGCCCAUUAGGACUAUUUUUGAGCUCUUAGGCAUAAUGCUUGUCAUAAGAUAUUUUACGGUAAUGCAUCCUUUCCUUUUGGCUGAUAACAGACAUUAUACAUUUUAUCUUUUCAAGCGAUUGAUUGGUAGUCACAGAAGGAUAUUCAAAUAUCUUCUGAUGAGUAUAGUGUACCAUUUUUCCACAUUUGCUUACUUGGAAGUUUUAAGACCCAGUGAGAUGAAAUUUGAUCCUGUUGCUCCAUUGCCGAUUAAGGACCCAAUUGAUUUACCAAUUCAGUUGACACACAUAUCAUGGUCAUGCCUGAUAGUUUGCACUUGUCUGACAAUUAUCCCAUCACCGCUGUUCGAGCCGCGCUACUACAUUUUACCCUUCCUGUUUUGGAGAUUGUUCGUUACUUGCAGUGCGGAGCCAAUCUUCGGCGAGUUGGUCCCGGCUAAAGAGGGUGAGACGCCCAUCACUGUCACAUCCACUAAGAGGCUAUUUUUCGAGUUCCUGUGGUUCAUGGGUAUCAACAUGGUAACCUUAUACAUAUUUGCUACUCGCGCAUUUACCUGGGAAACAGAACCGUUCCUGCAAAGAAUAAUAUGGUAA